CGAGCCGAACGCCUUCCUCCUGGACGAACAGCGUGGGGACGCACAUACUGUUGUGUGUUCGGGAUCCAAAGAAACGACUCUUUCUGCGACAUCAGCGGAUUCUAGCUGAUUCAGAAUGGAUUCCUUGAGUGCCGCUCAAAUCCGCCAGAAGUUUAUUGACUUCUUCAACCGCUAUGAGCACCAGUAUGUGCACUCUUCUUCCACCAUCCCACUGGAUGACCCCACACUGCUCUUUGCCAAUGCUGGCAUGAACCAGUUCAAGCCCAUCUUUCUGAACACAAUUGAUCCAUCCCACCCCAUGGCAAGGCUUCGCCGCGCAGCCAACACCCAAAAGUGUAUCCGUGCAGGAGGAAAGCACAAUGAUCUGGAUGAUGUGGGCAAAGACGUUUACCACCACACCUUCUUCGAGAUGUUGGGGUCAUGGUCCUUCGGGGACUACUUCAAGCAACUGGCCUGCAAGAUGGCCCUGGAGCUGCUGACGGAGGAGUUUGGCAUUUCAAUUGACCGCCUGUACGUCACCUACUUCGGUGGCAACGACGAUGCGGGCCUGGAGGCGGACUUGGAGUGCAAAGAAAUCUGGAUGGCGCUUGGGAUGGAUGAAGCGCGGAUCCUACCAGGUAGUAUGAAGGAUAACUUCUGGGAGAUGGGAGACACAGGCCCCUGCGGUCCUUGCAGCGAAAUCCACUACGACCGUAUUGGAGGAAGAGAUGCCGCCCAUUUGGUGAACAUGGAUGACCCCAACGUACUGGAAGUCUGGAACCUGGUGUUCAUCCAGUUCAACAGGGAGUCCGAGACAGUGCUGAAACCGCUACCGAAGAAGAGCAUCGACACUGGAAUGGGUUUGGAACGCUUGGUGUCGGUACUGCAGAACAAGAUGUCCAAUUACGACACUGAUCUGUUCAUCCCAUACUUUGAAGCGAUUCAGAAGGGUACUGGUGCCCGGCCAUACACUGGCAAAGUAGGCGCCGAGGAUGCCGACGGUGUCGACAUGGCCUACCGUGUCCUGGCUGAUCACGCUCGCACCAUCACCAUUGCGCUUUCGGAUGGUGGGCGGCCUGACAACACUGGAAGGGGGUAUGUUUUGCGAAGAAUUCUGCGUCGUGCGGUUCGAUAUUCCCAUGAGAAGUUAGGUGCUCAGAAAGGGUUUUUUGCAUCAUUGGUCGAUGUGGUCGUCAAUUCUCUGGGUGAAGCAUUUCCUGAAUUGAAGAAAGACCCAGAAAUUGUCAAGGACAUCAUAAAUGAGGAAGAAGCACAGUUCCUCAAAACCCUCAGCAGGGGGCGACGUAUCCUUGACAGGAAGAUCAUGAGUAUGGGUGACAGUAAAACCAUUCCAGGCGACACAGCAUGGCUGUUGUAUGACACGUACGGCUUCCCUCUGGACUUGACAUCGCUGAUUGCAGAGGAGAAAGGCAUGCAGGUGGAUUUAGCUUCCUUUGAGGAGGAAAAGAAAGCUGCGCAGUUAAAGUCCCAAGGUAAAGGAGCAGGAGACGUGGACCACAUCAUGUUGGACAUCUAUGCUAUUGAAGAGCUGAGAAAUAAGAACAUCCCCGCCACAGACGAUUCUCCCAAAUACAAAUACACCUCAGAUGAAAACGGCACCUACAAGUUCCAACAGGCAUCUGCCACCGUAUUGGCCCUGCGUCACGACCGCGCUUUCUGCGAACAAGUGACCACAGGACAGAAGUGUGGUGUGCUGCUGGAUCAGACGUCUUUCUAUGCAGAGCAGGGCGGACAGACAUUUGAUGAAGGCUACAUACUUCGAGAAGAUGAUAACACAGAGGAUCGAAUGGAGUUUUCGGUGAAGAACACACAGGUUAGAGGAGGUUACGUCCUCCACGUGGGCACCGUUUACGGAACAAUGAAGGUCGGAGACCGUGUCACCUUACAUGUAGACGAGGCUCGCCGCAGGCCCAUCAUGAGCAACCAUACAGCUACGCACAUCCUCAACUUUGCUCUUAGGGGAGUUUUGGGCGAGGCAGACCAAAGGGGCUCCUUGGUGGCGUCGGACCGACUUCGGUUUGACUUCACUGCUAAAGGCGCCCUUAGCACGGGGGAGGUCCGUCGGACCGAAGAGAUUGCUUGCGCUAUGAUAAGAGAUGCCAAGCCCGUUUACGCCCUUGAAGCCUCCUUGGCACAAGCCAAGGCUAUUCAGGGUCUGCGUGCAGUGUUUGAUGAGACGUACCCCGACCCGGUGAGGGUUGUGUCCAUCGGCGUUCCGGUUCAGGACUUGCUGGAUGACCCCAACAGUGCCGCUGGUUCCCUUACCUCCAUUGAGUUUUGUGGUGGAACCCAUCUGCAGAACUCUGCUCAUGCUGCGCCGUUUGUCAUCGUCUCAGAAGAGGCCAUCGCUAAGGGCAUCCGUCGCAUUGUUGCGGUGACGGGAAGCGAGGCCCAGAAGGCUCAGAGGAAAGCCGACACACUGAAGCAAGCUCUAGGUUCCCUCGCAGACAAAGUGAAGCAGCAGACAGUACCCAACAAGGACGUCCAGAAAGAUAUUGCAGACAUGACAGAGUCGAUAGGCACUGCAGUGAUCUCCCAGUGGCGAAAGGAUGAAAUGAGGGAGAGCCUGAAGGGGCUAAAGAAGACCAUGGAUGACCUGGACCGUUCUUACAAGGCGGACAUUCAGAAGAGAGUUCUGGAAAAGACCAAGGAGGUGAUCAAAAGUAGCCCCAAUCAAGCGCUGCUAGUCAUGGCCAUGGAGACCGGUGCCUCAGCCAAGGCUCUCAAUGAGUGCCUGAAAGUGCUGAAGUCAAACUCCCCUGAAACCGCCGCCAUGCUCUUUGCCGUGGACCCCGAUGCCGGCAAGGUCAUCUGCUUGUGUGAAGUCCCUCAGGAGAAAGCUAAUCGAGGCCUGAAGGCAAGCGAGUGGGUUCAGGAGUUGUGUCCCCUGAUGGACGGCAAAGGGGGCGGCAAGGACAUGUCCGCACAAGCCGCUGGGCGCAACACGCAGUGUCUAGAGGAGGCGCUACAAAUGGCCAAGCAGUUUGCAACUCUCAAAUUGGGAGAAAAUUAAAAUGUGGGUCACAAGCGUGGAAGAGGAACCAGUCAAGAAGUUUCAUGAGCGCUGAAUGGUGGUGAUAAUGGUCGAAUGUUGGCGCAUCAUCUCAUAUGCUUCUUUGUGUCGAAUAUGGAAUGGAACUGUAAUUUGGGGGGUUUCUCACGCUCACUUUACGGAUUGGUGACCACUCGGAAGUGGGUUUGUUCAUAUAGCCCAAUUCCAAAUGUUUCUGUGAAAAUUACUCACUUGAUUCAAGUUCAUGGCAACAGAUAGGAAGGCACAGGCAUAGCACAGGCCUGCGAUCCAGAAAAGUGACGAUUCCGUUCAUCUCAUGAUAUUUGUACAUGCCGAACUAUCUUUGAAAGCACAUAGCUUUCAGGCAAAUGUCAAUUUAAAACUGUUAAAAAAAACUCAGUUAUUAAUGUAGAUCAGUCUAACAGUUAACAAUUUUGGUGUCACCUGUCUAAACUUGAGGCCAUGGCACCGUCCAUCUUGCAGGUCAUGGCUAGUUAGAUGAACUGUAGCUUUAUCGUUGCUUGUAAAAUUAGGAAGCCAUUAUUUCACAAGGCGUAAUGGUCGAUUCGAGAAAAUUUAUAACAUCAUCUGUCCUUUAUAAAUGAUCAUGUCCUUCAUUCAGGAUGUAAUGUCAUUCCUUUAUCACCUCAAUGCACAAUGGUUAUUAUUAUAUAUUUUUUUCUCAUCAAAGCAGUUAAAAAUGGAAAGAAACACUAUUACAGACUCUGGAAUUGGAAUAAAUUGUUCUCCUUU